UCGCGUAAAAGAAAAUACAGAUGGAGAAGGCUAGCCGCCUCGCUGUGUCACAGAGAGUCCCAUUGAGCCUACGUGACAACUCACAUACUGUCCCUUUGUGACCAGCUUAAUCGGCAGAAUGCCCGGUGCCUGUGUGCUUUUACUCGCCGCUGCGCUGGCUGCGUUCGCCCGGCUCGUCGGCACCGUGGGGCCGGUGGUCCGGUGCGAGCCGUGCGACGCCGGGGCGCUCCUGCAGUGCAAGCCCCUGCCGAAGGACUGCGCGGAGCGGAUGAAGGAGCCCGGCUGCGGCUGCUGCAUGACGUGCGCCCUGCGCGAGGGACAGGCGUGUGGAGUGUACACGGCGCGCUGCGGCUUCGGCUUGACCUGCCAGCACCAGCCGGGGGAGAGCCGACCCCUGCAAGCGCUGCUGGAGGGACGGGGAGUGUGCUCCACUGCCGCGUCCAAAAAACUCAACAGCAUCCUCAUACCAGCGCAAAAACCAGAGGGUGGAGGAAAUCAAGUAGAAGAAGGUUUUGCCAAUGCUACGCAGACGAUGACGGUGCUGACCGGCGUGGCAACUGUGAAGGGUGGACACGGUCGGGGUUCGAUGGACACCAGGCCUCCGCUGCACAACAAGCUGAUCCAGAAAGAUCAGAACAGGAAGACGCAGAGCUACAAGGUGGAGUCAGUGUCAGGAGGAGCCAACAUGGACAUGCACAACUUCUCCCUGGAGAGCAAGAGGGAGACUGAGUAUGGGCCGUGUCGGCGGGAGAUGGAGAGCAUCCUGAACAGUCUUAAAAUCAGCAACGUGCUCAACCCCAGAGGCUUCCGCAUACCCAACUGUGACAGAAAGGGCUUCUACAAGAAAAAACAGUGCCGUCCAUCCAAAGGCAGGAGGCGGGGAUACUGCUGGUGCGUGGACAAAUACGGGCAGCCUCUGCCCGGCCUGGACGGCAGAGAGCGAGGCGAGACGCAGUGCUACAACCUGGAGAGCAAAUGAGAGGACGGAGAGAGGAAGACAGCGAAUAAGGGGGUUGGGGUGGGGGUGGGAGUAAGUUGGGGAGACAGAGAGAAAGAAAAGAAAGAAAGAGGUAGAGCCUUCUUUGCUCUUGCAUAUAGUUUUAUGUAAACAUUUGAAGGAGCUCCGGACCUCCAGGUCCCAUUUCUGUCGGAGAGAGGGAGGGAUAGGAGAAGGGGGGAGGCGACGGGCCGAGCCUCCUGUCCGUCACAGCUGUCCUGUGCUUAGGAAACCUCUGUCCUUUCUUUAAAAAUAAAAAAAGAUGAAGCUCAAAGCUGACAGAGAAUGGGAGGAGAGAGAGAAUCCUAUCAUCUGCACUAUUCUUUAAGAGAGAGAGGAAGGAGGGACUUUUCCACUCACUUUAAAGAGGACUCCUUUGUGACUGUGACCCCAAGAACCGCACCACCACCAUUUACAUGUGUGUGUCUGUCUGUGUGUAUGUGUGCGUCUUAAUGUGUGAGCACCUGCCUUGCGAACAUGUGCACAGCUGCAUGUCUGUGCAACGUAGCGAGUGAGUGGAAGUUGAUUUGUGUAAAUACCGUUUGUCACUAAGCUCAGUUCAGAGAUGUUCGACUGCUCCAUUAAACAAUGCAGGAAAAACAAAAUGAAAACACUCUCCGGCUCAGGGUCCAUGUUGAAGUGAAGGAUUAUGGGGCGGCGGGGUCUUGAUGGCCACCAGAGGCCCUUCUUUCUGCCAGUGGCGUUUCCCUCGUCCUACUGUCCAAAAGGGAACGGAGGCAGUUACGGUGCCUUAAAAAAAAAACAACCUCUCCGAGCCCACUCUCACAUUCAUCGUCUGUGGUCCUCGACUAAAGGAACAACUCCCUGAAAAUCUACCUCAUGAGUUUCAGAUAGCGCCCCCUGCAGGCUCGAAAUGAGACUUUUGUAGUUUGUAGCUGCGGCAGCUUUAACAUCACCUUGGAUUCCCAACGGCUACAGAUGAUUUGAAGGUGACUGAGCAAAAACGGCAUAAAAACGUCCAUGUGAACAAACUCCUGCAGCUCCACGUCUUAGCUGAUCAUGCAUGUCUGUGCUCAUAGUUACAGGAAACACAUUUAUAAACUGCUUCUAUUAAAUUAGUUCUUUUGGGCGCAAAAGGCGACAGUGAAGCAUAAGCCAUUUACAGACAUGAAUCUCCUGCUGUGUUCUCACAUGGGCUCAUUCGGAUAUCAUCCACAGUUUUCACUGAUACUCAGAAUGUCCGCAGCAACUUCUUGUUGUCACAUACGUGACAACUGGAUAGUUUCAGGAGAUUUUCUGGAGUCCAGUGCACAUCUGAAAACAGCUGUAGACUGAAACGUGAAGAAGUUUCAAUAAGAAAAAGCCCCCUGAGGUAAUGAGAUGAAAGCAGCGAGACAACCGGCGCCUCAAGUACCAACUCAUAAAAUAUCACAUUUCUCCCGAAAUAUAGAUGAAUACACGAAUUCCGUUGUCUCUAACGUGUUCGAUUCUUUACACUUGAUGUUUGCUAGCAGUAUAAGUGGAUGUAGCUAUGAGUGACAGACGACUAAAACGCUAACUGCACUAUCAUCAUGAAUAUAUGGAACAUGCCCAUCACAUUAAUGUGCAGUCGAAUUAAUGAACCAUGUUGCAGCAGCUCGAGGAGUUUAUGUGGACGUUCUUGUGUUUUUUUCGGAGCCACCAGCCGACAGGAGGUGUCUGAGACUCAUGAGACUGAUUUUUGGUGGAUUUUGAGUCUUCAGUCUGUUUAGAUGAGUCUGUCUUCUGUCUCUUUCCUGCCCCUGUUGUUCCCGUCCACAUCCGCGUCCCUGCUCCACCCUAACACGCCACAGCUCCACCCAGCUCCUCGCUCCCUGCUCUUAUACCUCAUCCGCCACGAAGCUCCAGUGCUGAGGAUGUUUGAUCCUGCAUGUCUUUACCCCGUCACCCGUCCAAAACCUUGUCUGCGUCUCUGUGCCUCAUCCCGUCACUGCCUCCAACCCACUACCCUGAGCUGUUCUCCCCUCACUCCAGAACACCCCCCUCUGGUCCUCUUCCUGUCAGUGGUGCAACCUGGUGUAGACUUGUUUAAAGGGGGUGAGGCCGGUGUGACCGCCUCGCCCCACCGCAGGUGCCAGCUGCCCUUAUGCUUCAAGCACAAGCACUUAAAGCACUUUAGCUGCGCCGCUACUCGUCAGUGCAUGCAGUUAAAGACAAUUGGACCUAUCUGCAUCUGCAUACCUUCCCUCAGAGGUAAUGUGAGAUGAAACAGUGCGAUACUGUAAGAAAACAAUAAUAAAGCUGAGAGGAAACAGAAAAAAAA